AUGUCUCAUUCCCACUCUCAUGACAACGGAGUUUCCCACUCCCACGACCAGGAAGACCCCUUUGGAGGCCAUGGCCACUCCCACGAGAUCCUCGAUGGACCUGGCUCGUACUUGCAGCGGGAGAUGCCUUUGAUCGAAGGCCGUGACUGGAAAGACCGUGCCUUUACCAUUGGAAUCGGAGGACCGGUUGGAUCUGGAAAGACAGCUCUGAUGCUGGCGUUGUCUCGCCGCCUGAGAGAUGAGUACAACAUUGCGGCUGUCACCAAUGAUAUUUUCACAAGAGAAGACGCCGAGUUCCUCACUCGCAACAAGGCCCUGCCUUCCAGCCGAAUCCGCGCCAUCGAAACAGGUGGUUGCCCUCAUGCUGCCGUCCGUGAGGAUAUCAGCGCCAACCUGCUCGCUCUGCAAUCCCUGCAGAAGCAAUUCCAGACCGACCUCCUCCUCAUCGAGUCGGGUGGUGACAACCUCGCCGCCAACUACUCACGUGAGUUGGCCGAUUUCAUCAUCUACGUUAUCGAUGUCGCUGGAGGUGACAAGGUGCCCCGAAAGGGUGGACCGGGUAUCACCGGCUCGGACCUGCUGGUUGUCAACAAGAUCGAUUUGGCCGAGAUUGUUGGUGCCGAUUUGCAGGUUAUGGAGCGCGAUGCGGCCAAGAUGAGAGAGGGCGGCCCGACUGUCUUCGCGGUGGUGAAGCAUGGUAAGGGAAUGGAUCACAUUGUUAACCUCAUUCUGAGUGCCUGGAAGGCCAGCGGUGCUUAUGAGUUGAGCUUGGAGCGUUGGAAGAACGGAGCCCAGAGGGGAUCUGGAAGCGUUGAUGAGUAG